AGUUUGAAACAGCCAGCUCACCAACACGCGACUGGCCGUUGGGGGGAUUCUCGACAAUCAUCUUUCCAAUAUUAUUCCCAUCAAAAAAAGAACUCGCAGAGUCUCCAGGAGCUUUACAUUUUAAUAUUCUAUCUACUUUUUUUGCUCUAGGUUCUCCACUGCGUCUGCUUCCAGAUCCCUCCCACGAGAUGGCAAGCCACAUUAUCGGAAACAGGAAUAGCACCCCAGAGGCGUCCAAAUCGACAUUGCGUCCACCCUCUUCAGCUCGAAACUUGGGAGGCUCUCACCAGCUGCGAGCUUCUGCCGACAUGUCCGGAUUUCCAAGCCCUCUCUCUGCCCGAAACAUCCGUCCGUCGUCGGAAGUUUUUUUCAACCAGCCAUCUCAUGGUCAAGGCAAUAUGGAUGAUGCUCUGGAUCAGGCAGCCCAACAAUGGAUAGCUGAUAUUGAUCAGUAUGAGACAACAUUGGAAGAAAUGGCUGCUGCUACUCUUGACCAGGACUUCAAAGAUGAGCUCAGCGCCAUCGAGCAAUGGUUCCGCGUUCUGAGCGAGGCUGAACGGACCGCGGCCUUGUAUGCCCUUCUUCAGCAGACUACCCAGGUGCAAAUUCGUUUUUUUAUCCAAGUAUUGCAACAGAUGGCAAAGAGUCAUCCCAUGUCCGGGGUUCUGUCUCCGGCAAACUUUGGAGAAAAGGAUCCAAUGUCUAACCGUUUGAGCGAUGCGAUGUCCAAAUUAACAACUGUCGAUGGUUCACGCAACUCCAUCGGACGUCCUCCUCCAUCUCCAGGUGCCAAAAGAAAUUCAGGUCUUGAUUCGUCUACAAUAAACGCCAUGUUUCCAGAUGCCGCUGCUGCUAUAGCUAAGAAAAAGGCUGAGUUCACUCAGCAGACUGGCAACGCUCCUACUUCGAACCGAAACAGCGCUAUAUUCGGAGGGGAUCGUUCAUCUCUCGUCGCCCCAACUAUAUCCGCUCCCGAUGCAAAAAACUCAUUAAGCCAGCCACCAUCUUCUCCGUGGGCACAACGGGCUCCAGAAACGCAGCCGCCCAUUGCUCGCCCUAAGUCGUCUUCCGGACAACCUCAACAGCCGAUGGGCCAAUUUAGCCAGCCUUCCGCUCUUCGUUCUCCACGUCCCGGCAACGUACAACACACAACAAUCACCGCUCCAGAUGUUUCUCACCAUGAUGCGCCGCUCUUGUCUCCUUACAAUAUCGGUAACUCUAGUUGGGCCUCAAUGACCAACACACCCAUGGCGCCAACCUUCAAUACACAGCAAACUGGAGGAUCUCAAGCCGAUAUGGUAGCCAAUGCUACGGCGAUGAAGCUAGCUGCUUUAUCUACAGUGAACAAUCGUAUUGCAUUAGAUGAUGCUCGCAAGUAUCGCCGUUCUCGUUCCAAUGACGGACAAGGAAAGAACUCAAAUGCCGGGCAUUUGUCUCCUGGUUUAGGCCCUAGUAUUCCAGGCGCCAAUUUAGUUAUGGUAAACGACGCUGGUCAGGUUCUGAAUGCCCAGCAAAUCGCUGCACUCCAGGCUCAACAGCAGGCUGCUCUGUCCGCUGGUCGUUCGCGCCCAAAUUCCCCUGGGAUCGCCCUACAAGGGCCCCUUGGCCAAGUUGGAUUCACGUCACCUCAGAACAACGGGUUUCUGGCAGCGUAUGACCCCAACAAUGCCCUUUUGGGCAACGGCUUGAAUACGCUCGGUCUCGGGCAAUUUGGUUUGGGAUCUCAUGAAGGCUAUCUCUCGGAUCAUUCUGAGGUACAGCGAGGACGCUCGCCUCGUGGGCGACGCGGUAGCUCUAAGCCACCAGAGGACCCAACCGAUCCAGGGCUACUCAAGGACAUUCCUUCUUGGCUACGAUCCCUACGUUUGCAUAAAUACACAGACAAUCUUAAAGAUUUGAAGUGGACUGAGCUGGUUGAAUUAGAUGACAAAGGACUAGAAGAACGUGGAGUUAAUGCCCUUGGUGCGCGAAACAAGAUGCUGAAGGUGUUUGAACAGGUCAAGGAGGCCAAGGCUGAGGGCAAGCUUGAGGGUGCUCUGUGAGCUUAUAUCUGUCGUUCUUACUCUCUGCCAUUUGAAAUGAAUAGGCGGGCUCUUGAUGGCUACGGCAAGCCAUGGGA